CUUUUUCCCCCAGGCAUCUGGCUCGCUCUCAUUAUCGCAAUUAUGCAUGCCAGAUUAAUGGAGUGAGUGCCCAAAUAAUUUCGAGGUCCUAAUUGUGCCACGUUAUGCGGCAACAAAGUGGCCAAGGGUUACACAGCCAACACCCCGAAAACAAAGUGCUUGUUGUGACGCACUGCUCGGUUUUGUUGACAUUCUUUCGGCCGUUGUAUCGGCGGUUGAUAUAUGGUAAUAACUAAAAUGUACACCACUAUAUGGUGGAUAUUGACUCCUGACCUCACCAGCAUCCGCCCCCUUGGCGUUAGUCCACCAUUUCAGCCGCCACAUGAGCGAGUGUGUGUGUGUGUUGGCCGCAGCGAAACAAAGGAAACCGAAAGGACCCACGGCCAAAAGCUGCUCCAUUUCCGAACGGUUCGCGCUGAAAUAUUAGACCAGAAGCAGACAGUAGACGGCUACACAGACGCAAGGCGCCAGCUUAUUGAUUCGCCCGCUCCCGAAACUCCGCUCCCCGGAAAGCGAAAGCCCGAUGGCGUCGGAUGCUGACAAAGAACUCGCCGUUCGGAACUCAGUGCGCGUCUGGCUGUGUGGAAGUUGGGUUGCGGUUGUUCGGUGCUCCGUCUCCAGAAGGCCAGCCACGGAUAUAGUAGUGAUGAACUGGCAGUGAAGAUACGGUCAACUCGAGCCGGAAGCAAGUGCUGCAGCCAUGCCCACCACCUGUGUCUUUCAGCUGGAUCGCCUGAAUCCGGUCUACAACAGUGGGGAGUACAUCAGUGGUCGCAUUUUGCUGCGUACGGACAAGGUGAAGCGAGUCAAUGCCGUAUAUGUGACUCUGGAGGGCGAGGCCAAGGUUCAGUGGUCGAUGAGCGGCAAGAGCGAGACGGCCAACUACUCGGGCCAUCAGCAAUAUUUACACUCACGCACCAAUGUGUUCGAUAACACCCUCUUCCGGGCCGGGGUCCACGUAUACGUCCUCACCCUCAGGAUUCCGCCGGACUGUCCCAGUACCUGCAAGGGUCCCUACGGAUACAUAGCCUACACCAUCUCGCUGACCAUCGACAAGCCCUGGGGAUUCGACGAGGUGUUCCGGAAGCCCAUCAUCGUGGUGCAGACACUGGAUCUCAAUUACAAUGCAGAGUUUUCACUACCUGUCAAGGACGAGAACCUGAAGUAUCUCUGCCAUUGGCCCUGUAUUUCGGGCCCCAUCUGCUCCACCUUGACCUUGCCCGCCUCCGGAUUCACACCGCUUCAGGAGGUACCCUUCCGGUUGGAGGUGGACAACCAGUCGCCACACUACGACAUCAUCGGCGUGGAGGUGUCCAUCAAGCAGCACUUCGUCUUCCUGUCGCGAAAGCCCGUGAAGCGGAAUUUCUACUCCAAGACGCUGGUCAAGGAGCUGAUCUCGGACCGCACUCUGCGCCUGUCCAAGCGGCAGUACGAGUCCAGCAUCUGUGUGCCCAUGGACACGCCCCGAUCCACCCUGAACCCCAACUACAUCGUCUUUCUGCACUACACGCUGCAGGUGAAGCUGAAGACGGGCUACUUUCACUACGACACGGACCUCUCAGUGCCCAUCAUCGUGGGUACCAUCUCCUUGCAACACCUCAGGGACUCGGUGCACACCCAGCAGCCUGUGCGGAGGACGCCCACGCCCGAGAGACAGCGGCUCAUCGAGCGGGUCACUCCCCGACCGCGAACAGUGGAGGAGGAUUCCGCCGGGGAAGCAGAUCCGGCGACCGAUGAGCCGCACCGCGUAAUCGAAGACGACGAGCCACCAUCUUACGACAGUUGCCUUCCGCCAUCUUUCAGUUUUGCUACCCUGGCAGGCAGUCAGCAAACAUUGGGGAGUAACGCCGCAGUUGUCAUGCAGCGGAUUCACUUGCCCAAGUUUCCAGGAUUUUCCACACUCAUUGGGACAGCUCCUGCCCACGGAAUGGAGGACUGCGGCCUUGACAUGCAUAUGUACAGGUCGUACGGAUCGCUUAACACGGAUCACACAGGCCGGAGUCUGGACACUUUCGGAUCCCUCUGUGGUCCACUGUCCGAACACGUCGAGGAGCAGGAGCAGGAGGCAGAAGAGAACCUGGAUGUGACUGCCCAGGUGCAUCGGCCGAUUCAACGGGCAACGGUUUCGGAGGUCGAGGACGUCCUACAGGACGAGCACCUGUUCUAAUGGAAAAGUGUCUUAUAUACGUAUUGCCAUCCCCAGUAACAAGUAACUGAAGUGUUCAAGACUAAGGCUUAUACAGGAUUUUUAGGCCGGGGCCUAGUACGUCGUCUAGUUUUAGUGAGCUUUCAUUGCGCAAAUUUGUACACUCGCGUACCAUCCAAAAUUGAUCAAAUCGAACUUAUUGAGUGCCAAAAUCUCCUUUUUCUAGUAUACCUAUAACCGCUUUUAUACAUCCGUUAAACAUUUACGGUUUAAAUAUGUAAUCGACUCGAUAUAUUUACUAAUUAUUGUAAGUACCAAUUAAUGCGUUCUUAAGUGGACAAUAAAUAAUUGCAGUAUACAAACAAU